UGUCAUCAAACAUGGCGGAAACUUCAAAUCCUGAAAGAACUUUCUGAUUUCAAUUUUAGGUCAUAUUUGUAAAGAAUCACUGUACCUAAUCAAAGUUCCAGAUGUCUCAAAGUUCACUAUUAGAAGAUGUAUUCUACUGGGAUGAGACAGAAUGUAGACAUCGGUGCAGAGAGGCUAUACCUAAAUUAGCUGCAUGUUAUGAAGAUGGAGACUGUCUCCAGGAAAAGCUAAAGUAUCUCCAGAUUCUGUGCCAGUCAUUUGUCCCAGUAGCUUACAUUGAUCAACUUGAAGAUUUGAUAUUUGCAAAGAUAUCAGCAAGAACAAUAGAAUAUUUCAACAGUACCUUGGAAAGAAUAGGAGCACUUUUGAUAGAUUGCAACACAGACUUGCAUAUAGUCAUACAGGCCAGGCUAAAUCACUGUGGAGAUAUUCUUGACUGUAUUGUGACAGGCAUGGAGGGUCUUAUGCAGCGGAAUGAUGUUACGGAAUUGAGAGAUAUUCAUUCCCUUCAGUAUCUCACUCUCCAGUUGACCAAAACCUCAUACAGUCAUUGCCAGGACUCCGCCAGUAUUUAUGGGGAGCUGAUGGCUUCAGUGUCAGAGCAACUUUCUUCUCUCUUCAAGAAAGCUCACACUUUACAAACAACAUUCUUGUCCCUGAUGGAAAGGAUAUCAAUGAGUUCUCCCUCACAAUCAGAUGUGGAUGACAUGUGUUCAAUUCUUGAAGGCUUGUUUCAUAUUAGUCAGAUUGCAAGCAACCUUGAUGUAAAAAUUAUGGCAACACUGCUAAAGACAAUCUCUAGAAUUGCUUGUCAGUAUAAGGAUGAUGUUAAACAACAACUUGAUGUUGCUAUGAUGAUAAGAGCCCUCUGCUCAGAUGUUGAGUCCAGUUUGGAAUAUAAUCUUCUACAAUUAGCAACCCAGUUAGACAAUAGGGGACAGGUGAUAUUUAGUGGUGAUGAGAAAGCAUACAUGAAGGGUAUGAAGAUCCUAGGGUUUCAGAUGAAAGUCUUAGUGAUGCUGGUGAAGGAAUAUGAUGGUUACCUUGGCGAUUGUUAUCAGCAGCUUUAUCAUCUCAUUCUCACAAUGAUAAGGUGGUUACCUCCAAGUUUACAUACACCAAACAUACCAGAUCCUCUGAAAUGUGAGACAGAAAAACAAGCUUUAAUCGCAGUUGAACCUUUACUCGUCCACCUAGUUGCCAAUAGGGACUUUGCUACAGCUGUUCUGAAGAAUGGUCAAGAUUUCCAAAAAGAGUUGUAUUUUCCUUACUGUAUGUUGUUGACACGCCUGUCCAACAUUGUGCCAAAACAAGAUGACAUUGUUCAAGACAUGUGGCUUUCUGAAAAUAUCGACCCCUAUGGUACACCUACAAUAACCCUCAUAGAGGCAAUGUUCCUGGCAUAUGAUCUUUGUGAACCUGAGGAAAGAAUGAUGCUGAAGGUUGAUGGAGUUAUGUGUAAUGGUAAACCACAAAAGAAAGUUAAUUUAGGUGAACAUGUCUUAACUCAGAUAUGUGGGCUUGUUGCAAGCCUACCUUCGAGGCACUUCACACAGUUUGAGAUGUGUCUCUUCAGCAAUGUACUUAGCAGGAAUGUACGGACGGCUCUCCUUGCCAUUGAUACAUGGUGUUUUGUUGUGAGGUAUGGCACAUCAGAACUGUGUAGGGACCACUGUCAACAGAUAGCUGGGCUUGUGAAUACAUUACAACCUAACUCUUGUGUAGAAUACAACCACCUAGUAUUUUUGUUGAGAAGACUCGUCAGAUUCAUGGCUGUUGAGCAUCAGGAAGAAUUCAUCAAAGUUUUUCCUCCGGAGAACAACAUCAAUUUGUGGUGUGUCAUGGAGGUUUCCACAUUCAGUACGGGACUGCUGUCUGAGCUGAUAGAGACAAUAGUAACUACAGCAAACAAAAAAGUGCAUUCGUGGAAUGAGAAUGCAGAUAAAACUCUGGAAUCUUUAAAUGAUUUGAUUAUUGCGCUUACGAGUCUUCAGAAUAUCUACAGCCAAGGUGGGCAGUCAUGUCUUGAGGCCUCAGUACAAGUCCUCAUAGCAGGAACAAUAUCUCAAUGCUGGAGCUGUCUGCCAACUAAGAUCACAAGACCAUGUGGACUCCACACAAAAGCAUGGUGCAUCCUAGUUGCUCUUACCAGUCAUUUGAUUGGAGCAGAUAGACUGACCAAUGCUCAGCUUCUUCAGAUGCUUGAGACGAUAUCAUUGAUUCUAGAUCAACCUACAGAUUAUUUUAAGCUCUCAGUGAACAGCAUGUUACUAUCCAUGGCAACCAUGACACUGUCAGAAUCUGUUGAACAACAAAAAAUAAUCCAUGAAUUGCCAGAGCUUUUCUCAAUACUGAUCAGUGAUCCUAACUUCAUCAUCCAAUCAGGUGCUCUUAUUGCAUUUACGAAGUUUGGUGAGGAAAGCCCGUAUGAGAGCAUCCUUCCAGAUACCCUUAACAUUGUCCCUGAUUACAGGGAUUUUGUAGUGCAAUUUGUCAACAAGAUUCCCAUUGAUCUAGCUGAUAGUGUAGAUAAGUUAGAAACCACCAAGAAACAAUGUAAAACCAUAAGGGAGUACCUCAACCAACCAAUUGAACAGUUAUGCAUGGCUGAGUCUCUUCAUGCUGAAAAUGAAGUUGAAGAAAGCCCUCAUCCAGAUGAAGCGGAGGGAACAGAGCCUUGUCCAAAACGAUUAAAGGAAGACCUGGAAAUCCAUUCAGAGGACAAUGAACGUUUAACAGAAUGUUUAUCCAAAAUAAACAAUGGACUUUUAAUAUUUGAAGAAGUACAAGAGAAAAUAUCAAAACUGCCUCACACAUAUAAAUCGCAACUGUUGAAUAUUCAGCAGCGUUUGUGUACCCUCUUAGAGAAAUAUUAAUUUAAUAUUUUAUAUGAGUUAUUUAAACUUUAUGAAUAAAUUAUUGUAGUAUUUAUCAGAGAUUAUGAAUGCUUAUGUAGAU